UCUCUGGCCAUAAAACUAUUAUCGUUGGCUCUAUCUCGUGUCUGUACCUUUUUUAAUGGUUUGCGUAAGAUCGCGAUAAGCGAUCUUUUUUUUCUACCAGUUAGAACCUCACAAGCAAGGUGGAGCUGUCCUUGUCGAGGGUCUGGUCUCCGUCUCCCAUACCGAGCGUUAGAGUGAUCAUGACAAGGCCUUCCUGUGGUCCUGUGACCCUGCUGUAGCUGUCAAGGGUCGCUGUGUGUGCCUUCAAAGUAUCGCCUUUUUUUAUCAUGAGAGAACAGCAUAGCAAUGGACAAAUAGAAUUACAGAUGUUUCAUCUCUCCCUUCUUUUUUUUGUGCUUCCCUCCCCUCACAUCAGGUUUCCCAGCCGAUACUCAGGCUGCGUGUGUAAAGAUUAUUUUAAGGGGAAGUAACUAACCACAUCAAUGCGUAUUAGAUAUCUAUUGAGUUUCCACAAGCUCUUGGAUAAAAAAAAAAAAUAUUCCUUCUAUAUCACAAAAAUGUAAUGGGGUUUCGUAUACACGAGGUAAGAAACCACAAUAAAAACCACAAUGACCUCGAAAUAAAUCAAAACAACCAAAAUGACAAUAGUAAGAAAACAAUCUUGAUUAAGUACUGUUCAGUUGCAUUUGCUGAUUCUGUGCUCACGUCAUGGGACCAGACCAAAACCACCGAACCGUAACCAACACUUAGCAACGCCCAAGAGGUCAUUAUUAGACAGGGGGGUGGGGGGGAAGAUAAAAGAAAGUGGUUUGUGGCAGUCAAUUCAGCGGGGACGGCUUUGAACCUUAAAGUAUUGAAUUGGAUCGUAUCCUUAAGCCACCCUCCCUGUGUACGUGGAUCUCACUUAGACUCGCUCUGUCACUUCCUCUGAACUCUGUCCCCCGGUGGAGCGGAAAAGCCUUGAUGUGCGUCGUCACGGGUCACGGGAGCGCAGGCUGUUGACUGCCACCCAGCCACGUUCAGGCCGCGACAAAGGGAAUAUGCGGGGACUCGAGCCCUUGGCCAAGUGUCGCUGGGCCAGAGAUAGCCACAUGGCCUCUGGCUGUCACUGUAACAGUAAAGGGAGGUCAAAAGCCCUCAGGGUUAUUGGGUUCUGUGAUGUGUAUGCUCAGUGGUGUUUGUAAAAAUUAUUUGCAAUUUCUUUCUUUUUUUUUCUGCUUACGUUUUUAUUCGUUUUCACAGGUUGAUAUAUACUUGGACAUUCAAAAAUGAAAAAUUCAAAUAAUACAAUUUGAAUAAGCAGUUGUUGGAGAUGGGACAUAUUACGUAUCGGAUGCAUUAUUCAACCUAAAUUAGGGCACGGUUUUAUCGGAUACACGCCAGAGCUGCUCAGUAAUAACACUAUGCCCGAUUAUAGCCCAGGGGAGAACUUCUUCACCGUGUUUGGGGUCUUCUUUCCCGCCGCCACAGGCGUAAUGGCAGGGUUCAACAUGAGCUCAGACCUCCAGCGGCCAGAGCACAACAUCCCUGUGGGAACGCUGGCAGCUGUCUUCACUUCUUGGUUCCUGUACCUGGUGUUUGUCUUCCUAUUGGGGGCCAUCUGCACCAGAGAGGUGCUGCGUGAUGACUUCUUAAUCGCAGAGAAGGUCUCUUUGGUGGGUUUCCUCUUUCUGCUGGGCCUCUACGUCUCCUCCCUGGCUUCCUGCAUGGGCAGCCUGUACGGCGCACCCAGGAUCCUCCAGUGCAUCGCCCAGGAGAGGGUCAUCCCGGCCCUGGCCUUCCUGGGACACAGGGUGGGUGGUUGGCUGGGUCCUUCUACCCGGGAGAUUUAAGGGCUUUAUUAUUCCCCAGGGAGAUCAUUC